AGUCACACGAGCUCGUUCAAUUUGAGCGCUCAUUUCUACCACUUUCAACCUAUGCGUCACUUCGGAAAGUUCGCAUCCAUUUUGUGGAUUUGUGCAGAAUGUAAAGAGAAAAUGGAGGAGUAUAUAAAGAAAACCGUGUUGCGGGAAGAAAGACAAAAAGGAAAAAACAAAAAUAUUACAGUUGAUGUCCAUGUACUGAAGAAGGAAGAAAACCAUGAGACAUUCAUCAAGAAAACACUUGAAACUAUGAAAAUGUUUAGGAACACAAAUUCUGCAAGUCAGAAGGACAAGGAAAAUGGAUACUAUUUUUUCUAUUGUAUCCGGUCAGGGAAUCCCCUUGAAGGAAGUUACAAAAGUGCAGGAUGUAUGGCUUACACAUCAUUUAAGGUUAAAAAUGAUUGGCUGAGCCACAAAAUCAUUGUGCAGCGUACCAGCAAAGAACACAAUGGGCACAAUGCAACUUGCGAAAAAGAAGGACACUUUCAAACAGUGUGUCCAGAUUUGGUUAAACAGAUUGAGGAAUGGAUCUCGCUGGGUGUCAAGCCAGAUAUCAUUCUAUUGGAAGCCCACAAAUGGUCAAGGUCUCAUGGACACAAUGACUUGAACAACCGUCAGUACUUUGUUACUCCAAAGGACAUUGAGAGUAUUCACACAUGUUUGCUACGCAGAAACCAUUUGGAUAAAAAUGAUGCUAUUAGUUCAGCACAAUUGUUAACUGGUCAGUGCAAGGACAAUGUAGUUUUUUUUCAGCCUUUUUCCCAUGAGAAGGAUCUUAUUAUUAUCCUUCAGACACCCAACAUGAAAGAAAAUCUAAACAGACAUGGAAAGAACAUUAUAUUUUUGGAUGCCACUCAUUGCGUCAACCAGUAUAAUUUUCCACUUUAUACACUGGCUAUAAGAGAUGACUAUGGCCAUGGAGUUCCAAUUGCCUUUAUUAUAACAAGCAGUGAGAAGGAGGCAACACUGGUAAUGGCUUUACAGCAGUUUAAAAGAGUGUGUCCUGCACCAAGGUGCUUUAUGGUGGACAAGGAUAUGUGUGAGAUUAAUGCUUUGCGGAAAGUCUUUUCUGAGUCAGACAUCCUUCUUUGCUGGUAUCAUGUCAUGCAAGCUGUCGUCCGUUGGCUUACAAAGACAGACUCUGGAGUCAGUGGAUCAUCAAAUAUCGAUGUUAGGACAGAAAUUGUUUCUUUCGUCAAAAAGAUGAAGCUUUGUACAACCGAACAUGAUUUUAAGUCAACUGCUGAGCAGUUCUUCACAAGGUUUGAAGAUUUCCCAGCUCUUUGCUCAUACUUCAGGGUUCACUGGCUGGAAAUAGGACACAUGUGGUCUGACUUUGGACGAUGUUACGACCAUGCUGCUUCUGAUACAAACAAUCUUGUUGAAAGAUUUUUCCAUCGCCUUAAAUAUCAGUUUUUGGGUGGGAUUAGGAACCGUAGGCUGGAUGAUCUUAUCAAAAUUCUCCUUAAGAAGACGGAUGGAUACUUCCAGACCAUUCAAGAUUUGCAUGCAGUUGGAAGAAUGAAAAAUGCUUCUUUGAAGUCAGGACAAAUACUUGAAUCAGCAUCUAGAUUGGUAGAGAAAGGUUGGGAGAAGGACAUUCAGCUCAUAGACCACGACAUGUACAUUUAUGAAAUUCCAUCAGAACAAACCUCUGGUCUCUCCUACAAAGUUUGUCCUUCUGAAAGUUUUUGUAGUUGCCCAAUGGGAAUCAGAGGACAUCGCUGUAAACACCUUGUACUUACUGAUUUGCUAAGUAAAAAUGUUUCUCAAAAGUUCCCUGCUUUGGAUUUUCAAUUAAAUGCACAUGCGACUGUAAUUCAGCAAAAACAGCUUUACUCAGUUUUGUGCUUUGACACAAAAGAGGUGGAUGUAAAAAGUUUAUGUAAUGAGAGAAUUUACCACACUUCCGCUACAACGCUUCAAUGUACCUGUUGUACAUAUUCUUAUUAUAAGAAAUGUGCCUGCCUUCUCCUGGCAUGUGAAUUAUUUGAUGUCAAGAUAAAAACAGCUGUAUCUACUUUGGAUCAAGACACAUCGCUGCAAGAAAACAUGAACACUGCAGCAAACCACUCUAAAACUGAAAUAGAGAUGUUAAAUGAAAUACUGGAGACUGUGAAGCAAUGGCAGACAAUUCCUAAGGACAUCUGCCACAAAAUUCAAGACUUGCAUGACAAUGUAACAAAUGCUUGCAUAACUGGACCUAAACUUCCAGAAGCUAAUGUGGAUUUGACAAGGAAGAUAAGACCAUUGUUUCCACACAGAGCAAAAAAUGUUAAACGUUGUUAUAGAAAAAAUCUUAAAAGGCUAAAUACUAAAGCUAAAUAAUAAAUUGAAUGCAAACAUGAGAAACAUUCAGGAGUAGUAGAAUGUAAAAUAUAAUUUGAAAAACUAAGUUCAUUUA